UGUAAACCGCGCAGCUCCCGCCUCAGUCACCACACCGGUUACCAGUCGAUUUCACCAGUUAUACGUGAGAGCGUUGAGAUCAGACAGACCGGUGCUGUGCUCGAGUGGUGAAGCGGUUUCCCGCGCGCGGGUGAUGCUGUGUGUUGGUUUGCGCCGAGGGAAGAUGGCGGCGGCAGGAUCUGAUCAGAUUAUCCGCUCCUGGUAAACCUCUGUCUCCUCUCUCAGACUGCUGGUUAACCGAGAGAUCCACAGUCUGAGCCCGGGUGUGUGUGUGAGAGUGUGAGUGUGUGUGUGGGUGUCGCGCUGCCGAGCUGAAGCAUGUCGGACUCCGAGGAGGAGAUCCAGGAGCGGCAGCUGAAGAUAGUGCUGCUGGGAGACGGAGCGUCGGGGAAGACGUCUCUCGCCAUCCGCUUCGCACAAGAGGCUUUUGGGAAACAGUAUAAACAGACGAUAGGGCUGGACUUCUUCCUCAAGAGAAUCACACUGCCAGGAAACCUGAAUGUGACGCUGCAGGUCUGGGACAUCGGUGGACAGACUAUUGGAGGGAAAAUGCUGGACAAAUACAUCUAUGGAGCACAGGGUGUUCUCCUGGUGUAUGACAUCACUAACUCUCAGAGUUUUGAGAAUCUUGAAGACUGGCUGAGCAUGGUGAGAAAAGCCAACGAGGAGUCAGACGUGCAGCCGGCCAUAUCACUGAUCGGGAACAAGAUUGAUCUGGAGCACAUGCGGACAGUGAAGAUGGAGAAGCAUCAGCGGUUCUGUCAGGAAAAUGGACUCAUCAGUCAGUUUGUGUCUGCGAAGACGGGAGAUUCUGUGUUUCUGUGUUUUCAGAGGCUGGCGGCUGAGAUUUUGGGCAUCAAGCUGAAUAAAGCAGAGAUGGAGCAGUCACAGGUGGUCAAAGCAGAUAUUGUCAACUACAGUCAGGAGUCUGUGGCUCGAGCCGUCAACACUCCGCGCAGCUCCAUGUGUGUCAUCCAGUGAACGUCCAUCUGAGAUCUACAAGUGUGUGUGUGCCUGCAGACUCUGAACACACACACACACACAUAUAUAUAUACACACACACACACAGAAGAGAUACAAACAGACUCUCUCUCGCUCUCUCUCUCUCUCUCACACACACACACACGGUGGACACUGCUGAACUGGCUCUGUGCUCUCCUCGCUCUUGUCGUUUGUCAGUUGGCGUGUGUGUGUGUGUGUGUGUGUGUGUGUGUGUGUGUGUUCCUGAUGAAGCUUUAACAUGUGACAGGUUUACAUUUCACCCUUUACCUGUGAGCGGAGAUGACGGAUGAGGACCACACCGAGACCACUGACUGCUGCAGGAGGAACACACUCACUCACGACCACACCAGUGUGUGUGUGUGAGAGAGAGUGUGUUUGUUUGUUUGAGUUAGUGAAUGUGUGUGAGAGAGUGUGUGUGUGUGUGUGUGUGUGUGUGUGCGUGCGUGCGUGCGUAUGUGUGUGUGUGCUCAUGCUGAUCAUCUACUCUCAGCACUUCUUCACAGUGAGUCCUCUGAUUUAUCCCACACAGUAUUUCUCCAUGGAGAGUGAAUAUCUCAGAUGAGCAAACAUUCUCCUAACAUUCUCCUGUGCUUCAGAAUUGGUUGUUUUUGUUAAAGGCCCCUUAAAAUGAAAAUAAAGACGAACACUACA